GAGCGGCGGGGCAGCAUGGCUGUUGAGAAACGCCCCGCGUGCAGCACCCGGGCUCAGCUAGAGCUGGAGAUGGACGCGGCGGAUAAGGGGAAGCAACGCCAGUACUCGCAGAGGAUGGCGGAACCUCGCUUCAACAACCCCUACUUCUGGCCGCCCCCCCCAACCAUGCCCAGCCAGCUGGACAACCUUGUCCUCAUCAACAAAAUCAAGGAGCAGUUGAUGGCAGAGAAGAUCCGACCCCCACACUUGCCCCCCACCUCGGUGGCCUCCCAGCAGCCCCUCCUGGUGCCCCCCUCCCCCGCCGAUAGCAGCCAGUCCAUCAUGUCCCUCCCCAAACUCCAGCAAGUCCCAGGUCUCCAUCCUCAAGCUGUCCCCCAGCCUGAUGUGGCCCUCCACGCCCGGCCAGCCACCAGCACCGUCACAGGGUUGGGGCUGGCUUCUCGUGCUCCGGCGGUCAGCACCUCGGAGUCCAGCCCAGGGACAGGGACCACCACCCCUUCAACUCCCACCUCCACCAGCCAGAGUCGCCUCAUCGCCUCCUCGCCCACCCUAAUCUCAGGGAUCACCAGCCCCCCACUCCUCGACUCCAUAAAGACAAUCCAGGGCCACGGUUUGUUGGGAGCACCCAAGACCGAGCGAGGCCGGAAGAAGAUCAAGGCGGAAAAUCCCUCGGGCCCACCAGUCCUGGUGGUUCCUUAUCCCAUCCUGGCUUCUGGGGAGACGGCCAAAGAGGGCAAGACGUACAGGUGUAAGGUCUGCCCCUUGACGUUCUUCACCAAGUCGGAGAUGCAGAUCCACUCCAAGUCGCACACAGAGGCCAAGCCCCACAAGUGCCCUCACUGCUCCAAGUCCUUCGCCAACGCCUCCUACCUGGCCCAGCACCUCCGCAUCCACCUGGGCGUCAAACCCUACCACUGCUCCUACUGCGAGAAGUCCUUCCGCCAGCUCUCCCACCUCCAGCAGCACACCAGAAUCCACACUGGUGACAGACCCUACAAGUGCCCACACCCCGGCUGCGAAAAGGCCUUCACGCAACUCUCCAACCUCCAGUCCCACCAGCGCCAGCACAACAAGGACAAGCCCUACAAGUGCCCCAACUGCUACCGGGCCUACACCGACUCGGCCUCACUGCAGAUCCACCUCUCUGCUCACGCCAUCAAGCACGCCAAGGCCUACUGCUGCAGCAUGUGUGGCCGUGCCUACACCUCGGAGACAUACCUGAUGAAGCACAUGUCCAAACACACGGUGGUGGAGCACCUGGUCAGCCAGCACUCCCCGCAGCGCACCGAGUCCCCGGGCAUCCCUGUCCGGAUCUCCCUCAUCUAA